AUCCGAUCCUUCCUUUUCUUCCUCCUCCUUAAAGAUUCUUUACCCAUCUGUGCCUAUAAAUUCAAAAACCAGGGAACCAAAGCGUCACAUACUACCAAGAGUCAUACCAAAAAAACACAGAACAGAGGAAACAGAGCACACAAGAACCAGGGAAAAAAUGUCUGAAAAGGGAAACUUUGAAGAAGAAGGAGGAGGAGAAGAACGAGGAACCCAAGUCCAAAACAACUUGAAGGAAAAGAAGCUUUCAUGGGGAAAGCUCAGACGAGUCGACUCACUCAAUCUGGAGGCCGGAAAUGUUUCCAUGUCAGCUAGCCAUACCUCCAAGUUUACUUGGGCAGCCACACUGAGCUUGGCAUUUCAGAGCAUUGGGAUCGUUUACGGGGACAUAGGGACGUCGCCUCUCUAUGUCUACGCAAGCACUUUCAGUGAUGGUAUUGGAGACAAAGAAGACAUUAUUGGGGUUUUGUCGCUAAUUAUAUACACACUAGUGUUGAUUCCACUCAUUAAGUACGUUUUCAUUGUGUUGUGGGCUAAUGACAAUGGUGAUGGUGGAACAUUUGCUCUUUAUUCGUUGAUUUGCCGGUAUGCAAAGGUGGGUUUGAUUCCAAAAGAGCAACCGGAGGACAAUGAGCUUUCAAACUACAGACUUGACACGCCAUCAAUACACGCUAAACGAGCUGAGAAGAUUAAAGAGAAGCUGGAGAGUAGUAGAAUAGCUCAGAUCGUGCUGUUCAUUGUUACUAUUCUUGGAACUUCAAUGGUUAUUGGAGAUGGCGUUCUCACUCCAUGCAUUUCAGUUCUUUCUGCGGUGAGUGGAAUCAAUUCUCUGGGGAAAGAUGCUGUUGUGGGGAUUUCGGUGGCAAUAUUGAUUGUUCUGUUCUCCGUUCAACGAUUUGGGACUGAUAAAGUAGGCUCUGCAUUUGCUCCAAUCAUAUGCAUUUGGUUUAUCUUCAUUGGUGGCAUCGGCCUUUAUAACUUGUUCAAAUAUGAUUUGGGAGUCUUGCGUGCUUUCUAUCCAAAAUACAUGGUCGAUUACUUCAAAAGAAAUGGUAAAAAGGGUUGGAUAUCGCUUGGCGGAGUGGUUAUGUGCAUUACAGGGACUGAAGCCAUGUUUGCUGAUCUGGGUCACUUUAAUGUCCGAGCGAUCCAACUUAGUUUCUCUUGUAUUACACUCCCUUCCUUGCUUGCUGCAUAUAGUGGACAAGCAGCAUUUCUAAGCAAAUUCCCUAAUGAAGUAGCUGAUACUUUCUAUGCAUCAAUACCAGAUCCAUUAUACUGGCCAACAUUUGUGAUCGCGGUGGCUGCUGCAAUCAUUGCUAGCCAAGCCAUGAUAUCCGGUGCGUUUGCAAUAAUCUCUCAGUCACUGACUCUGAAUUGUUUCCCAAGAGUUAAGGUUGUUCAUACUUCUGCCAAGUACGAAGGCCAGGUCUACAUUCCUGAGGUCAAUUACAUGCUCAUGGUUGCCUGUGUAAUAGUCUGUGUAGCCUUCCAGACCACUGAAAACAUCGGCCACGCAUAUGGAAUUGCCGUGGUUGCUGUAAUGGUGAUGACAACGUGUAUGGUUGCGCUCAUAAUGCUGGUCAUUUGGAGGACGAGGAUAUCGUUGGUCGUGUUGUUCUUCAUAGUGUUUUUCUUGGUCGAAGCGGUGUAUCUGUCAUCUGUUUUGUACAAAUUCAAAGAAGGUGGAUAUCUUCCUCUAGGCUUGGCUUUUUUCCUGGUGAUAGUCAUGGGAAUAUGGCAUUAUGCACAGAGACAAAGGUACAUUUUCGAGCUCAACAACAAAGUGUCAAGUCAGUCAAUAAGAGAAUUGGUUUCAGACCGGAACAUAAACAGAAUUCCAGGAAUAGGACUCCUAUACUCCGAGCUCGUUCAGGGAAUUCCCCCUAUAUUUCCUCACUUCAUCGCAAACAUACCAUCUGCACAUUCAGUUCUAGUUUUUGUUUCAAUCAAGCUGAUCCCAAUCAGUAAAGUGUCCUUGGAGGAGAGGUUCUUGUUUCGACAAGUCGAGCCAAGGGAGUACAGAAUGUUCCGGUGCAUUGUCAGGUAUGGUUACAACGAUCCAAUCGAAGAACCUCAAGAAUUCGAGCGCCAAUUGGUGGAGAACUUGAAGGAAUUCAUACGCCAUGAACACUUUAUCCGCGAAGGAGUGACUAACGAUGCCAACUUGCCUGAGCCAGAGAAUCCUCAACAUUCCACAAUAUUAUCUAAGGACAAUAUAGGCAGGGGAUCAAUUGUUCAGGUGGAGGAAUUACUAGAACAAGGAACACAGUCUAGUCUUUCAACAGGUUCCAUUCGAUCGUUCCACGCUGCUAAGUCUAGAAAUUCUUCUAACCGGAUUGUGCAUGCACCCAUUCAAGGAGCUGAAGAAGAGAUGCAGUUUGUGCAGAAGGCAAUGGAGAAAGGAGUGGUUUAUUUACUAGGAGAAGCAGAAGUUGUGGCUGAACCAAACUCAUCGUUGUUCAAGAAGAUGAUUGUGAACUAUGCAUAUAGUUUCUUGAGAAAAAACUUCAGAGAAGGAGAGAAAGUUCUUGCAAUUCCGCGGACUAGGCUUCUCAAGGUCGGCAUGACAUACGAGAUUUAGGGACAGAGUUGGUGAACUGAAACAGAUGUGUGAGACUUAACUAUUUGGCUGAAAUUAUAUAAGUACCGAAUAACUACUUGUGUGGUGGAUAUGUAACAUGUUUGUGUAUUAUAAGCAAUUGUAUGAAAUGAAAAUUGUACAUGAUCUCAGUAUGGGAGAAAUUGGGCUUAGUCCUAACAUAUGAGACGA